AUGGCGGUGUCCUACACAGUUUCACGUAUUUUAAAACGCGCGUCUUCCUAUCUUUUUCAAAAAAGAUACGAAUCGACAAUGGCUAGUUUAACGAAGGACGAAAUAUUAAUUUUAUUGAGACCACCUUUCACGAACUGGAGUAAUAUAAUACGCGAGGCGGAGAAAGUCGUCGGCUAUUCCACUUCUUUUAUGAACUUAAGAUGUUUACUAAGCGACGAGUUUGCAAAUUUGGCGCUUUAUUUAAGAAAAUUGGUUGGCAGUAAUCAUUUAGUUAUGCAAACCGCAAAGAACGUGUUAUAUGGCGAUUCCAAAAAUUUACAACCGUGGGGUCUGAUUAUACUUUUGUUAUCGAAAUCUGUAAAAACCUACGGAUCAGUUUCACAAACGAAGUUAAUAGAUGAACAGCAAAGGGCACUGGCGGAAUUGAUAGAAUUAAUGAGAACUGGUCAUUUGAUUCAUCGCGGCAUUGUUAAUGUUCCAUUUGCAAAACGAUCUAAUAACACAGAAUCUGCCAUUUUUGGUAACAAAAUUGCCAUUCUUCUAGGUGAUUAUCUUUUAGUUACGGCUAAUACAAUGUUGGCAGGGCUUAAAAAUGCUGAUGUUCUUUACAUUGUAUCAUCAGGCUUGAAAGAUUUAUCCGAAGGGGAAUUCUUUGGGGACAGGGAUGAACAGAACAUGCCAUUACCAGGGAAGCCUAAAGCUAUGACUGACGAUAUUAUAACUUUUGAUACUAUAUCCUUAGCAGCUGAUGAUGUAUUAGGAAAACCCAGAAAAGAAUGGACAGCUCGAACUGUUUUUAAUGGGGUUAGUUUGCUUGGUAGAGCUUGUCAAUCAGCUAUGCUUAUAGCUAAACAAAAUCGUGAAACUCAAAAUUAUGCUUAUCAUUUUGGAUGUCAUGUUGGCUUAGCUUGGCAGGCAGCUACAGAAUUGCAGAGUUUGACGUCAGAUAGCAAGGAUCAGUUCUGUUUAGCUAGUGCUCCGGUGCUUUUCGCUUUAGAAGGAAAUCCAAAUUUGUAUAAAGUAAUAGACCAGGCGAAAAAUGAUGUUAAGGAUGUAGAUUAUGAAGACUUAAAAUUUAAUAUUUUGAAAACAGAUGCUAUGGAAAAAACCAAAAUGCUGUACGAAGACCACGCGAAGAAGGCUACUGCGUAUAUUGAGAACAUUGGACAUAAUGAGUCUGUUGAAAUGAUAAAAAAAUUGAUAAAUACUUUUUAA